ACUAAUUGACAAAAUGUAAACAACACGGCAUGGCGUUACAUUUGUUCCGAUUCGACAGAUAUGAUGAUAUACGUGAUAACUGGCGGCUUCAGGUGAAAAUACAACAUGGUGUUCUCACAGGUGAUAGUUCUCACCUUUCUGGUGGCAGGUUGCCAGGCCAAGUCUCUGGUUGCCCGGCAGGGCUUGCUGGACCCGUAUGGCUGCCUGAUGGCCUGUCCGCUGCUGUUCGACCCUGUCUGCGGGUCUGACGGGAUCACCUACAGCAGCCCCUGUCAUCUGGACGAGGCCGCAUGCCAACUGGCCGAACACUUCGCCAACCGACCUGACUACAAGCCCCUGACGAUGGCCAGCGAGGCCCCCUGUACCCGUGAGACCCAGGACCGUAAGCGGCAGUUCGACUCCGACUGUCCCAUGUACUGUCCGGAGUACUACUCCCCGAUCUGCGGCAGUAACGGGCAGACGUACAGCAACAUCUGCUUCUUACAGAUGGCUGCCUGCGUAUCUGCUGCCAACGAUGCCGACGCAAGGCCCAUCGUCCUGUGGCACCCUGGCGGCUGUAACGCUGACGGCAGCGUGAUGGACCUCCCGCUGUUAUCCUGAGCAGAAUCGGCAGGUAGCGCUGGUGACAAUGGCAAGAGCAAAUAGCGCUGUGUUAUUCGCCUCACAUUCGAAUAAACCACAUUGUCACUGAGGUGAUGUAAACAAAAAUGUCUGUCGAACUAU